UUUGGCAUUUAAAAUAUGGUUAAUGUAAUUAAUUUUCCAAGAGUUUAUUCUGCAAUUAUCAACUCUAAAGAUUUCAGAGAUUGUUCGACCCUUACAAAACUGAUACUGGCAGUUAAGUCCUGUGACAUUCCCGCCAUUACAAGCACAUACAAGCAUCGAAAAAUGCAUAAACUCUUCAAAACCAGCCAUGAAUUCUAUAAUAUCGUCAAGAAGAAGCCUAAAUUUCUCACACCCAAUUUACAUUUCCACAACUCCACUCAAAAUCUGCACUCAGGUUCAAGGCUAGGCUUCGUUUACAAUGAACUUGAAGAGCUACAGUCAUCAAACCCGAAUGCCAAAUCAUCGUUGCAGACCCAAGAACUCUCUAGUUUUAGUGAAAGAAAUAAAGCAUUGGAAUCAACGGUUCAGAUUUCACAUCCGUGGCCAGAGUGGGUGGAUUUGAUGGAAUGUUUGUUGAGAAAAGGGUACUUUGACGGGAAUGAAAACCCUUUUAACAGUAAAAGUGAUGAAAUGGGUUCGAAGGAAGCAAACUCUAUUCGUACUGCAUGCCUUAAUUUUGCCCGGGAUCGUUAUAGCCUUAUAAGGUAUUUCCCAAGGAAAGAUAUUCAAAUAAUUGCUGGAUGUGGAUGCCCGAGUAUAGACAGAAAAGUUGUAAACUCGGGGAAGCGUCUAAGGGCACAUGUGGGCAUUGAUGAACGAAAUGUUUGCAGCUCCUGCAACUUGAGGGGAAACUGUGAAAGGGCAUAUGUUAAGGCACGCGAAGAUGAAGGUGGACGAACAGUGGAUGUUAUUCGCAUUCUGUUAACAUAUGGGCUUGAUCACUUUACUGGGACUGUGGAGAACAAGCCAUGCCUAAACAAAAUGGUUAAGGAAUCAGUGAGAAGGCUGCUGAAAGAAAUGUUGGAGUAUAGCACCAAGGAACCUGAGUCCAAGCUUUCAAAUGAUGAACCCUUGAAAGAGGGUGGACUGGUUCGUGAUCAUUUGAGUCCACAAGGAAGCCACAUAAAUGUUCCCAUGAAGCAAGGCGAUUGGCGUUGCCCCAAAUGCAACUUCCUAAAUUUUGCAAGAAAUAUUAGGUGCUUGCGCUGUGAUGGUUUAUUUCUGGAUAGACUUAGGCAACUGAGGGAGGAUCGGGAUCACCUUCCACUGAAGAAGGGAGACUGGAUAUGUGAUAAAUGUAAUUUCUUGAACUUUGCGAAGAAUACAAGAUGCCUGCAAUGCAAAGAAAAUCCACCAAAGCGGAAACUUAAUCCUGGGGAAUGGGAAUGUGAAUCGUGCAAUUAUAUUAAUUUCAGAAGAAACAUGGUUUGCUUGAAAUGUGACCAUAGACGACUAAAAUCGUCUAAUGCAUCAAAUCAUUAUGCUCAAUCACAUGGAAAUGGAGGCUAUCAGAAUCAUGGCGGACAAAGUCAAGUUGGGCAAGGAAGACAAAGUCAAAACAGAGUUGCAGAUAUGUGGAGAUUUGUAGAGGAAGACAGUGAAGACGAUAAUCAAUCAAAUUCCAGAUUUGUUGAUUUUCCCAUUGCAGGAGGUAAGAGCGAAUUCUCUCGGAAUCCAAAUGAGAGAGAAAAAUGGAAGCUCGAGAGAUCGGAUAGGAAAAGAGCAAUGGUGAGUACGACAGGAGAAAAUGAUGAUUCUAGUGCUACUUUUAGCCAGAAAAGGUCGGACUUCCUUGCAUCUACUGAUGAUGAAGAGAUGGCUGGGUGGUUUGAGCAUAGAUAGAAGACAGAAAUUGAAUGAUCAAAAUCUGUACUGAAUUAUCCAAAACUGACUCACUAAAUGCGUUUAUGGUCCAACGCAUAGCAGUUUGCUGUGAUGGUUUGAUUAAAUUUAUUCAUCCCAAGCUACUUAUGUGUGUUGAAUCGGCUCAAAUCCUCUAUUUUGAACCCCGUUUGCUUCCGUUCA